GAUAAUGUUCUAGCGAAGCGAUUCAACAUUCCAAAUCCAUUCCCAGGAGCUGGGAUCGUUGGGGUGCCUCAUCUUCAAAAAAGCGCCAAGAAAGAAACUCUGCUGAAUCUUGGUUUGCCCCAAACUGCUAGUGAACUUGCUCACAGGAGAGCUCGGGAGAUAGAACAUCUUGAGGAAGAAGAAGCUGAAGAGCAGAAAUCCAAGGAGCCAAAAGAAGAUGACCUGGAUCGACCUCCUCAGUCGAUCUUUGAUGUCAUCUUUGGAGAGAGUGAAAGUGAGAGCGAAAGUGAAAACGAUGAGGUGAAGCAGGAAGAGGAAAAGAAGAAGAACACGGAGGAUAGUAAGGAAAAGAAGGACAACGAAGAUAAGGAGAUAAAGAAGGAGAUUAAAGUGGAAACGUCCGAGACAGUGGAAGAAGAACCAAAGAAGCCUGUCACUGUCAUGGAUAUAGUGGACGACGAGGAGGACUUUGGACCUGCACCUCCACCAACAAUAACUGGGUUUUCUGUGUUGAAGUAUCUCAAGGAAGAGAUAGGCAAACGAAAAGAUAAGAAAAAGAGAGAACAUAAGAAACACAAACCAAAGGUUGGUCUGCUUUGGAUGUCUAUUGUAGGUCUGUCAAAAUUUGUGUGGUCUCUCACAUCUGACGAUAAAGUGAAGCUUCCCUUGAAGUAAAAUCCAAAAAAGAGAAGUCCUCCAAAAAAUCCUCGAAAAAGGAGAAAUCUGACAGAAAAUCUCAUGAAAGACAUCGACAUCAUCAUCAUCAUCGUCAUCGUCAUCAUCACUCGCCUUCCUCGUCAUCCAGCGACUCUUCAGUAG